AAGCCAGCACAACAGGAUUAGAAAGCUGACCCGGUAAGACGCGGCGUCAACCAAUUUAAUGAUGAAUUAAUCAGUUACCCCAUCAUUUCAUUAUCAUGCUGUUACUGCUUUCCCAUAAACUCCUCCAUUUUUUAUUUUUUUGUAUCUUCUCUUCAAUAUUUUCUUUCUAUGACUUGUUCACUACCAUGGGAAUCUUCCAAGCAACAACUUUUCCGCGCAAUUCUUCUAACUUGCAACAUCAAAAUUCCUUCCUUUUCAUCUAAGUAAGUUCGUUCCUCGAAAUUCUGCUCUGCCUCUGAAUUUUCUGCUUUUUUAUGGGUAUUUAUUUCUAUAUCGAAAAACGAGUAAAUUCUGCUGAAUUUGAAUUGGGUUAUGAUGUUAAGGAAAACCCAUUUGAGAUAGAGAUGAAUCAUGAUUGAUUUUUUCCUGGAAUUUGAAGAUUUUGCUUUGGAUUUGUUCUGGUACUUUUUGGAUGCAUUUGAAUUAGUUGCGGAUGAAUUGGUUGCUUUCUGUUUAGUAUUUGCUUCGGUACUUGAAGAUUUGGUCCAAUUUUACUUCCUCCGAAUCAAAAUACUUGCUUAGUUUAAUUUAGUUUAGCUGUGUAAUAGUGGGGUAUUCUAGUAGUGAAUGUUAAAUUGAUGGGUUCUAUGGAAAAGGGUUUUGUGCAUUAUUGCUGUGUGUCAAAAGGGGGUAAGAUUUUACAGGCGUAUAGUGGGGGAGACCAUGAAAUCGAAAAAUUGGCUGCGGCGUGCUUGGAAAGAGCUCCACUGUUCCAUAGAUGGUAUUCUCAAACUAUGAGUGGGAGAAUAUUUUUGUUCUUGAUGGAAGAUGGGUUUAUUUACUUUGCAAUUGCUAAUGAAGGGAUUGGAAAUUCUGCCCUUCUUCGCUUUUUAGAGAACGUUAGGAAUGAAUACAAGAAGAUCACCAAGAAGGGUUCGAGUUUUCUUCGAAAGGGUGGUGCUUCUAACUCCAAUGUUAACUUACAAGAACAGUUGGUUCCUGUUAUCCGCCAGUUGAUUGCCUCUUUACAAAAUGUUCCUCAAACAGGAGCUAAUGGUGAUGGUAAAAGCUUGAAUUUGUCGUCAUCUUCUCAUGAUGCGUAUUAUGGGGGUGUAGUGGAAGUUGCGACUUCUACCAAGGCACCUUUGUUAGGUAAGAAACCCUUGAAGCAAGAUAAGAAGGUCAAGGAUCAUCACAUGAUUGCCAUGAGAGGUAUUGAGUUGGAAGAGAACCGCCGGUCUACAGACCGAGAUUCAGAUUCUAACAGUGCAGGUGCAACGGUUUCUCCAAUGACAUUGCGCAAGGAUAUGAGUGCGUCCAUGAGAACAAGGUCCCAAAAUAUGAAAAGAAAAUGGUGUCGCUUAGUACAGUUAGUUCUUGUCAUUGAUGUUGCUAUAUGCAUUAUAUUGUUUUUAGUUUGGCUGCUGAUCUGUGAAGGUCUUGAUUGUGUUCGUUGAGUUUUUCUGUAAUGAGUAUAAGAGGGGAUUGAACAUAGUUCCGUGUUUUUUUACACAAUCCUUGAGUAUUUAUAGCAUUUACCUCCUGAUACUGCAGCAUUUGGUGCCAGAAACUUGUGUAUAGUUCUAUAAUUUCAGAAGUUCAUGUUAAUGGAGUUGUCUUUUUGUUUAA